GUCCCGAACGGCUCCCCUGGCCGAAGAGGCGUGGACACUCCACAACCUGGACGCGCGGCCUCGUGCCCCGACCCUCUUCCCCACCCCCGGAUCACGCCACCCUGAGCCGUGGCCAUUACCGGAAAGCUCCGGGGAGCGCCCAACAUUCCAGCACCACCUAAAUGACUUUCUCCAUUCGGAGUUCGGCCGGGCUUCCGAGCCAAGCCGCACUGCCCUGCGUGACCACCAGGUGGCGCCCUUUGGCCAGACUUCCCCGGGCGGGCUGGCGGGUGCGCUCCUCGCCGGUCAGUCGGGCAGCAGCUGCCGCCGGAGGAGCUCAUGGCCGGCCUGGGAGCGCGCAGCGUCCUGGUGACCGGAGCCAACCGGGGCAUCGGCCUGGAGCUGGUCCGGCAACUCUUGAGCAAGCCCGAUUCUCCGCAAUGGAUCUUCGCCUGCAGCCGGGAACCGGAGGGCGAGCGCGGACAGGCUCUCGGGAACCUGGUUUCCAAAUACCCAAACCUGGUGAUGGUGAAGCUAGAUACUACGAGUUCCGCAAGCAUUAAGGCUGCCGCAGCAUGUGUGGAGAACCACCUGAAAGGCUCAGGGCUGAAUCUGCUAAUCAACAAUGCUGGCAUUUAUAAAGCGGUGACGUUGGACUUGGUGGAUGAAGAAGACAUGAUCAAUACGUACAAGACCAAUGUGAUUGGGCCGCUGUUAGUGAAUCAGGCUUUCCUGCCUCUUUUAAAGAGGGCUGCCCAAGGAAGCUCAAAGAAAGGGCUGAGCUGCAGCAGGGCAGCCAUUAUCAACAUCUCCUCCAUAUUUGGCAGCAUGGAGUGGGUCCCACUCACCUACAAUAAACCUGCAAUCCCAUAUCGCUGCAGCAAGGCCGCUCUUAACAUGUUGACCCGGUGCCAGUCUGUGGAUUACCAGGCAGAAGGGAUUCUGUCCACGAUAAUUCAUCCAGGAUGGGUGAAGACUGACAUGGCCGGCGAAGAGGCUGACCUGACCGUGACCGAGAGCGCGCAAGGCAUCCUGGACGUUCUUUCCAAACUCAGCGAUGAACACAACGGCGCCUUCCUUGACUGGACGGGAAGCAAAGUGUCUUGGUGAUAUCAGCCGGCUGAGACAGAUCUCUUCAGUAUCUCCGGCUGUUUCUGUGGCAGAUGCCAGGAAUCAAGGAAGAGGCUGCGGUGGACAGAACUAUUUCACUUGCUUGGUGGACAGAACUAUUCAUUCUGUGAAUAAACUCUGCACUCUACUA